AUGCUGGAUUACAUCAUCAGUGAGCCUCCGGCCGUCAAAUCUUACUCUUUAAUCAUUAAAGCGAGAGAUAACGGAUUGGAAGUAUUGUCCUCCAGCACAGUAGUAGAGAUAAAUGUGGUCGAUGCCAACAAUAAUCUCCCAGUUUUACCUCUGAAAAGCGUUUCAACUGAUGUCGAUGAGACUGACAUUAAUGUGAUAAUACUACGAAUAACUGUUACGGAUAAAGAUACUCCUCAUACACCAGCCUGGAGAGCAAAAUACACGAUAGUACAAGGGAAUGAAGAUGAAAAUUACAAGAUUGAAACAGAUCCAGAAACAAAUGAUGGAAUGUUAUUUCUAAUCAAGUCUUUGGAUUAUGAGGCUAAUCCUCAGAGGAAUAUUAAGAUAACAGUUGAAAAUGAAGAACCUUUUGCUACAUGUCCACCACUGAGCGGGAGAGAUGCCAACAAAUUGCCAGAAAUCUCUGCAGUUAUAACAGUGCAGGACGAGAAUGACCCUCCUGUGUUCACCCUUCCAGUAUUAUUUGUUCGGGAGACUGAAGGUCAGAAGCCUGGAAAGAUAGUGGGAAGAUUUAAUGCGACUGAUACUGAUAGAUUCUUUAAGCAUUCGAUCAGAUAUGUUCGAGGAUCUGACCCAGCUGAAUGGUUUACAGUAGAUGCUGACACUGGUGUUGUCUCAACAGUAAAAACAUUGGAUCGUGAAUCACCUUACGUGAAUAACAGUUUCUAUACAUUACUUGUUUAUGCAAUUGAGGGUGGUGAGAGUCCUACCACAGGAACUGGCACAAUGUCUCUUUUUCUGAUUGAUAUCAAUGACAACCUGCCAUAUCUUGUCAAUACACACCAAGAGAUGUGUGAUGAUGGUGAAGUCCCAUUUGUAACUGUUGAAGCACGGGAUGAUGACCUCGAUCCCUACAGUGGUCCCUUCACAUUUAUGCUGUUGGGCAAUGAACAAUAUAUAAAGAACAAUUGGAAAUUGCGCACAGCAACAGAUAACAGUGCUCAGCUUGUGAUGGAAAAGAAAAUGCCUAUUGGAAACUACACUGUGCCUUUCAAAAUCCAAGAUAGACAAGGAAUUGCCCAGAACUGUUUUUUGAAUCUGCGCAUAUGCCAUUGUCUAGAUGGGAAAACAUGCCCUGAUCUAAAGCCUGCAACAGCUAAUUUAAAUGGAGCUGCAAUUGGAAUGUUUUUUGUUGGAUUAUUAUGUUUGCUCUUGGGAUUGUGUUUGCUAGUAUUUUGUGAGUUUUCAAACAAGAAGGCUCAACAUUCCUUACCUUCUAAUGUGCCUAUGUGGACUUUGAUCAACUACAAUGAAGAAGGAGGUAAUGCAGAGAUGAAAAGUCCAAUUGAUAAUUCAAAUCAAUUAGUUUCCACCAAUGCUGGUUUGGGGGCAAGAAGGAUAACAUCAGUCAAAUCUAAUAUGCAAAGUAGUGCUCAGGUUGGAUACAGAGAAAAUAAUGGUUUGCUCUACGGAGUUGGAACAUGGGGCCCAUUUAAUGCACAUCAAGGACAUGACAUGAAUGCCCCGGGUAGCCAGCAUUAUUUGGAGACUUCAUCGCACAUAGAUGGUCUAUCCAAAUCAAGCUACACUUCACUCAGUUAUGGAUCAAAAUCUUGGGAGUCAGGGAAGCACUUGGGAACUUUCCCAUUUCGAAGUAGCAUGUUUAGGCCAAUUAACAAAUCACAAGAACAUGACUCAAGUGGUUGGGCUAGCAGGCACUAUUUGGAACCGGAUCCUACUUUUAAACCUCGUGUGUAUAAUUACGAAGGAGAUGACCAAUGUGAGCCAUCUCUUGAUGCCAUCAGCAUAGUCGAAGAUAGCAUUGGGUCUGACUACUUGGACAACUUAGAUCCAAAGUUUACAGCUCUGGCAAGAAUCUGUCAGGAAAAAUAUCCACUGUAAGUUCAAUGGCAACAGAUAUAAGCUCUGUGUACUAAGGAAAGCUCUUUAUAAAUUGUUCAUAUUACCUUUUAACAAAUUAAUGACAUGGGCUAGAGAGCAUUGUGUUACCAAGAAUUCCAGACAGUUAUGUUUCAUGUGAAAAUGAUGCAAAACAAUCCUAAUUUUUAUUCCCUUCUGAUUUCUGUAUAAUUCAAAACAAACCACCUGACCACACAAAACCUGAACACUGCUGAAACGAGACACAUUGAUGAACAACAAUCUGUAUCUCUUCAGCAAUAAACAGAAAACUUGUAUUACAUACUAUGAUUAAGUUGAAUAGCUAAAGACACAAGUGUUCAAUAUCUGACUUUUAUUUCUCCCCAAUUCUGGAGGGAAAUCCAAGGAAACUCCUGACAAACUACUUAUAAAAUAUACUUAAGGGAUUUUCUGUUGAAACAAUGGUAAAGCAAUGAUGAGAGUCACAAUGAAAACUGAAUUCCAAAACAUUACUUUAAAUAUUUGAAC